AAAAAAAAAAAAGAAGAGUGUCUUUGCUCUUUCCCGCUAAUCUCUUUGAUUGCUAAAUCCUUCACUCGCUAAACCCUAAUUUGUCCCACUGUAAUCUUUCAUCACCAACAAUGGCUGAUCAACAAACCCUAGAUUCCUCUACUCCUUCUCCUCCUCCUCCUCCUCCUCAAUCCGAUGAUCUGUCUCAUUCCCCAGCUCCUCCGCUCUCAAGUCGCCUCAACGCUAGUGCUCCGGAGUUCGUUCCUGCUCGACCGAGGAUGAUGAUCCCACCUCCGCCUCCUCAUAUGUACCUCCACUACCCUUCUCCGCCUCUGUUUACUGGACCUCACGAGCGGCGUAGAGACCGUAAGAAGAAGGAGCAACCCGAAACUGGAGCUUCUGUUUCCAUUGAUCCUAAGAGUGGUUUACCUGAGGAUACAGUCCAGAAGAUAGUUAAACAGGUAGAAUACUAUUUCGGUGACUUGAACUUGGCCACAACAGAUCUUCUGAUGAGAUUUAUCAGCAAGGACCCUCAAGGAUAUGUGCCUGUACAUGUAGUUGCAUCUUUCAACAAAAUUAAAUCAUUCAUCAACAGUGACUCCCAGCUUGCCUCAGUGCUACAAUACUCCUCAAAGUUUGUUGUUAGUGAAGAUGGACAGAAAGUGAGACGCAUAUAUCCCAUUACCAAAAUUGCUCUUGAAGAGUUACAGUCCCGAAUAGUGAUUGCCGGAAAUCUACCUGCGGAUCAUUGCUACCAUAAUCUCAUGAAGAUUUUCUCAGCUGUUGGAAGUGUGAAGCACAUUCGGACCUGCCAGCCACAAAACUCUGGCAAUGGUUUUCCAUCAGCAGCUAGAUCAGCUAACACUGAUUUCAGUAACAAGGUUGCUGAAUUAAAUGAAGAAAGAAACUGGAGGAGUGGUCUUAGGGUGAGGUUGAUGCUGCAGGAUCAGACGAAAGAGCCAAAACAUGUUCUUCAAGAAGGAGGAAGAAAGGAAGAUGAUGAUGAUAAAAAGUAUGAAGAUUGUGGAGGAGAAAGAGAUGGUCAUGGAGAGGAGGAGGAACAAGGAGACAAGAAGAGAAGAGGGCAUAACCGAGGUGGACAAGGACGAGGAAGAAGUCAGCAAAACCAAAACGAAAAUUCAAAGCAGAACCAGAAUUACCAUAAUGGGCGUGGGAAUCAUCAUCCUUCAAACAAUCAAAUGCACAACAACACAGAUCAUCAAGUGAGCAUGGGGAAGCAACAGCCACCACGAGGACCACGAAUGCCAGAUGGCACAAGGGGAUUCUCUUUGGGGCGGGGAAAACCGGUAAUUGUUCAUCCUCAGUGAACCGGAGCUGGUUGGUAUAUAAUGAAGGGAAAGGGUUAACUUCAAAGAUCCACAAGAGAGAGAUGGAUCUUACUAGAUAUUUUACUCCAUAAAAGAAAAACAAAAAUUUUGUUACUUGGAAUUAUUAGAUGGAGUUAGAAAAGUUUUGCCACA